CGAUCCUGCAAAGAAAUCAAGGACUUAGGUAUCUCCAAUGGCGACGGGGAGUACUGGAUUGACCCUGGAAGGACUAAAAGUCCUUUUAAGGCAUAUUGUGACAUGACAACUGACGGAGGUAUGGUUUGAGUUGAAGCUAGGGAAAACCCAUUUUUUUCUAAAGUAAGUUCAGGAAAUUCUCAAUACCUAAAAAUAUGAACACAAUUCAAACCGAUAAUUUAGUCCUUACUUGUAACAACAGACUUUGUAUGACAAUUAGGAAUUAUUGGAUGAGGUUGAGGUAUCAUCCGAGAAUUAUGCAGAUCGAGAAGGCCUUCGGCCUCGGCGGAUAACACCCCAAAUGAGAGUAUCCGGUUAAUGACUUCGAUAGUGCAGGCUAUCGCCAGACAAAAGGGACAGCAACAGAGAAGCCCGAGUACGAGUUACUAUACCUCAGUUGUUUUAGUACAGGUAGAGAAUUUUACUGGUUUUGCGAAGAAAAACAAAAUACUUGAUCUACUACCUAAAAACAUAGCAAAAACAACAAAACUACAUCUCAUACUUGAAGAAUAUCUUCAAGACUAAGAAUCCCAGUGGAUCCUGAAUUUGCCGAGGAAAAGACACGUGAAAUCCAUCAGUUUAUCAAUUCUUCUUGUAACUGUCAAGUGUUACCAUGGAGAAGCUGUUUGAAUGAAUAAUAAGCCUCGUUUUAGUAUCAACUUCAGACUAGCACCCGCCUAGCGAGUCACGAAUUUCUUAGUCUCGGGUUCUUGGGUCUUUACAGUGCCGCAAACGAUUCCCAAAGUAGACCGAAAAUGAUCCUCAACCGUAAAUGAUCUCCAUUGUCGACCGCAAGUGAUCCAGUGAAAAGUAGAGGACUGGAAUACUGUUUUAGGCAUGGAUGGUGAAUGUGCUGGUAAUUUACACGUCGCGUAGAACAAUGAAUAAAUAAAACUGUUUCUUUUGGUACAAAAUGUAUUUUUUUCUCAUUUCGUUAUUCAAGCAUUUGAUGUUUCGUUGCUGUGAAGAUUUAGGACAGGAAGGACGUUAAGAAGGAAAUGUUUCUUUCAUUUUAACGCUUAGGAAUAGGGAAAUAUGACCCCGGAAUAUUACCCCUGUAUUUAUCACUCUGUAGAGGUUUUUGGUUUAUUUCGAAAUACGCUUAGUAAGUAAAACUCGUGAAAAUGUUGUGUCUAGUGGUAAGGACCCUGUCGGCGCAAACCUGUGUAUUCAUUUUCCGUGUCUUUGCUGCUGGACACACAGACAGUUACAACAUUAGGGAAACAGAAACGAAGGAACGAUUAAGUGGAAAAUUUUGUACCUAUGAGCAAAGAAUUAUCUUAAUGGGGUUCAGUGUACUAGAGCGAGCUUUUAUCUGGGGUCGUUUUCAGAGACUUUCGCCGUUACAAAAGUUAUCAUUUCCUAAAGUUGAUACGAGGCAGGGUUUGAGCAAUUUCUUCUUAAGAGUAUUGCAUCUAAUUGAACCAUAGUAUGUGAAGUUUAGUUCAGUGAAGCUUUAAUGUUAACCAGCAAUUAAGCAAGAGCUAUUGUUUUACUGAGCAUUUAAGUGUUUCCUUUUCUUGGUUUGCGUCUAUUUAUGUUAUAUUUAUGGUUUCUUAUGUUUUCAGUCUUGGCAUUUAUUUGUUAAAUUUAUUCAGUUGAAUUUUUAAUACUUAUGGUGCGAUAAUAAACGUGACGCGAUGACCCAGUAACUUAAGUCCAGGCCAUUCUGAUUUUCCUCUCGGGAUCAUUUGCGGUCGACAAUGGGGAUCACUUGAGGUCGAGGAUCAUUUGCGGUCUGAGGAUCGUUUACGGUCGGAAUCAGUUGCGGUACUGUACAGUUUGCCUGAGUUAUAUUUAACAAUGAUUAGGCCCACGGUGAGUUUCCGCCGUGUGAAUUAUUUUGAACUAAACAUUACUGCUUCUUUUGGCCCACAUGACUGAUAAACCAAUGAUAAACAUUUAUCGAAUUUCAGGGGGAUGGCUUCUUGUAUCCAACGUUGUUUCGCACGGUUCUUCAACGACUCAGUUGCCAGUUAAGACAUCGUACCGCGGAGUAAGCAGCAAAGAGAUGUUACUCACAAAGAGUGCCAUGAAGGAGCUGAGGAAGCACUUGCAUUUCACUCAGAUAAGAUUUUACUGCAAGAAAGGAGGAGGUCGUACAUUUCACAUCACCACGGCUGCUAACAGCAAAGGUGAGGCUGCUGUGAAAUACUUCAGUGGUGAGACAGAUGUGAUGCCCGCCUCUUGUGGCUCGUUUGUGAUCAUGAGCAAUGAUAACUCGCGGUUAGCAAGAGUCUGCAAGGAUUGGGGAUACCAAAGAGGUUCUUACAAAGUUGGCAAAUGGGGGCACGAGAGAGAUCAGAACAGAUUAUACGACCACCCUGCUUUUGUAAUGGGAGCUUACCACUGGCUUCUUGAACCGUCUCGCAGGUGGGAAUGCGACGAUGCUAGUGUGGGAGUGUCACGUGGCGAUUUUUGGAAAAUCUUCGUGCGAUAG